AUGACCUGCUAGGAGGAGCAAACCCCGGAAGCAGCAGACUAUGCGCUGCGUAGGUCGACCGCUGGAGGGCGACAACGCUCCGUACACUCUAUGAGAACCGGGAAGUUGUGUGUCCCCAACACAACCAAAACAAUGAAAGCUAUCGUUCAGAGGGUCACCAAGGCUACCGUGACAGUGGGAGAGGAGCAGAUCACUUCAAUAGGACGAGGGUUGUGUGUGCUGCUGGGUAUAUCUGUGGAGGACACCCAGAAGGAUGCUGAGUACAUAGUACGCAAGAUCCUGAACCUGCGACUGUUUGAAGAUGAGACCGGGCGAGCGUGGAGCAAAAGUGUUAUGGACAGGGACUUUGAGGUGCUGUGUGUGAGCCAGUUUACCCUACAGUGUAUACUGAAGGGCAACAAGCCAGACUUCCACUCAGCCAUGCCCGCAGAGCUGGCCCGGCCCUUCUACAGCAGCAUCCUGGAGAACAUGAGGAGUACCUACAAGCCAGAGCUUAUUAAGGAUGGGUUGUUUGGAGCCAAGAUGCAGGUCCACAUACAAAACGAUGGGCCUGUUACCAUUGAAUUGAUUUCACCUACUGGUCCCGUAGACCCCAAACAGCUGUCAAAGCAGGAGAAGCAGCAGCAGAGGAAAGAGAAGAUGCGCUCCAAGGGCCCCUCGGAGUCGGGCAGGGAGAAGGGCGCCCUGCGUUCUCGACAGGACCCCAACGCUAGUAGUGGAGCAGAGGGUGACGUGUCUUCAGAGAGGGAGCCCUAGGUCGACACGGCAUGAUGAGAUGCCUUCAUGGUUUACAUCUGAAAGCUUGAGGGCGCUCCUCAUCCCCAACUCCUCUGAGCCCAGUAGAUCCAACACAGGGAGAUGCAGCCGCCUGUUGACUCAGAGACCCCACUGCUGCUCUCUCUUGCAAUGACUGGCUCUGCUAUGGUGCUGUUGCUAAUGUUUGCUGUUGUAACUACUUCGGCUUCGGCAUUAGCAAUGUAAUUUUUGUUCUCAGUACCAAUACUAUUGGUAGCAUUUUGGUCUUUGAAAUAGUAACGUGACUUAAACUUUCAGAUCUUUAUUGUUUGCUGUUGUUUACCGUUGUUACUUGCUGACUGUGGGCUAUGGAAAACUCCCCUGAGGAGGAGGCGUUUUUCAACAAAGUAUUUUUCCUCAAUAAAUCAUUUAAAACAAUUUUCACACAACCAUAUUCCUUUGUUUCAAAGCACUAUGUUUACAAAAAAGUGUUUACUUAAAAAUUGUAUUUAUUUUUUUGUUUUUAUAAUCUUUUAUUGCUGAGUAUAAGAUGGUGGUGAUGCCAUCUCAUACUUAUGCACUUCCCCAUAGCAGUGAAGUUUCAGGCCAUAAAACUAAAACAUCUAUUUAAAAGAUGGUAGAAAACUCCAUAGAGCUGAGAGAUAUAGCAGGAAUCUGUUGAGGGAAGUUCUUCAAAUUUGGCACAAGUGUCAACUUGGACUGGAUGAUGAACCUAUUAAAUUUUGGUGGUCAAAGUCAGUCCCAUCCCCAUGAAUUUGACUGGUUGGAGGAAGCAUACAACCAUGAAAUGGUAAUUCAGAUUUUAGGGCUAGUGUAUUCUGAUAGACUAAUGUCCACUAUCAAAUAAUGCUCCCAGUACAGAAUCACCCUAUAUUAUGCCACUAUUUGCAUUGUACUAGUAUUGGGAGCAUAUUUUGAUACUCUUAGCAUAUUUAAGAUUUUAGGGAUGGCAUAUUCUGAUGGACUAAUAUGACCUCAUAUUACACCAAUACUUAUACUAAGAGUACUGGAAGCAUGUUUGGAUACUCAAUAUUUUUUAUUUAAGGGGUAGCGUAUUCUGAUAGACUAAUAUCCAUCCUCUGUCAAAAAUUACUCCCAGUACAGAAUCACCUUAUAUUACAACACCAACCCAUUCCUGUGAAUUUGACUUGUUGGUGGAGGUCUAUAACUGCAAAGUGGUCAUUUUAAUUUGUUCUUAAAUUCAAGGGCAGAUGUUAUUAAUAUGUUUCAAGAACAGUUUGAAAUUUGCAGAAACCCUGAGGGACCUCAACACCUGAGAAACAAACAGCAUCCAGUGAAUUUACAAGGAAUGACUUUUGGUGAUAGUUUGCAGUUUUUGUUUGUUUGAUUUUUGUUCUUUACAUUGCCAACAAAAACACUCGCCCAUGUUUUAUAUUAGUGUACAGUAUAUUGUGUCAUGUACAAUAUUGCACGUUUAAGUAAAUUUGCAGUGAAUAUCAGCUACAGUCCCCUCAACAUCUGUUUUCCAUGUCUCCUUUUCCUGUCUGUGCCUUCCCUUGUUUUUAAUUCUUUGACGUUGCGGUUAAACUCGGCAACGCUCAUGAGAAACAGUUGUUUGUUUCUCAUUCUGUGGCUAAUAUUGUGUGGAUGAGGUGGCAGAGAGGAGGAGGAGGAUGGUGUUGCACUUAUUUGCCUUCAGUAUUUGUUUAUUGAUGCAAAAACAGAUGAGUUCUGGGAGAACAGAGGCAGACAAGCAUUGAGUCAGCUUCCUCAGUCCUGUCUGCUCUCCCUGCUGAGGCUGCUGCUGCUAGCUCCUGUGGCACAGCUCUUCUCCCUGAGUGAACUCUCUGGCAAGCACGCGCAUUAACAGAUACACCAAUAAACAUGCAUUGUAACCACACUUUAACAGCAGUAAUGCUUGUCCGUUCUCACAGAUGCAUACAGUUAGUUACCUACAGAUAAAAGCAUAUCUGAGUCUGUUCAUGUGUUUAUCAUUAUUUUUGCCUUGAUAUACUGCCUUAUGUGUUCUACAAUACCCUAAACACACACACACACACACACAUCCUGUCCCAUGUGGGACCUUAUAUAGUCCUGUUCUAAACUCUUCUAUGGUAGAGGGCCCUGCUUUUUUUUUUAAUCCCCAGGUACAUGUUGGGUAAAUACAGUCCCUCUUUCCCUAAGGCCUUUUUGGCUGACAAACAGCCAUAGUGAGACAAAUGGCAGGAAGAGGGGAAGUAAGACAGAAGCCAGAAAAAAAAUGGUGAUAAGUUGAGAGAGUUAUUUGGUUUUUCAUCUUUGGGUGUGUGGCAAAUGAGGGUUUUGCUUUGCAUGACUUAAACAUGAGAAAUAUGCACUUGUGUCUGAAUGAGUAAUUUGUGAGUCCUUCAUUACUGUCUUCCUUCCUUUCCGUCUGCAGUGUUCUAAUUUUAAUAUAAAUGGCUUACAAGGGGGUUUCUGCUGCUCAUCGGGCCGCUAUGAGCAUUUCCAGCUCAUUGCUUUUUUAAUUGUUUGCAAAUCACCUACCUGUAUAAUAAACAUGUAAGAAAUGUAUUCAGAAAGUACUGUACACUAGAUGUAGCUUUCAUUUAAAAAAAUUAUAUGACUGCUUAUACAGUA